CCCAUUGAACGGAAGCCUCGAAAGGACAUUCUGUGAGUAUUGCAGAAAGUCUACAGUUUUGUUUCACUCCGACUGAAAUGAUUUCAGCAGCGUAACUCCUGGAGCCCAGACGUUUUUAAGAGGCAGACCUGGGGCUGGCUUCGGGCAUCGCUGAUUCAGCACCUUGAGCCCGUGACUUGAACUGAUAAGGCUCAGCCCCACUGGGCUCCAUAAAGCCUCCCUUAACCUCUGCUGACGAGGGGGGUGAAAAAUCCUCCACCUCAAAAGAUCUAUCUGUGGCAAAACUACCAUCGUAUGGUAUGUCACAUAAAGGUAGCUGCCACUUUCUCUCGUCCUCCUGACCACACCCCGAUUAGCCCCUCUGUCAUCCCCACACCUGGCCACGCCAAGUAGACCUCCACUGAUGCUGACAGGAUGGAGACCGCUCUCUUGGACUCUUUCAUUACUUACAAGCAGAAGACUCUUGAUCUGUAAAAGUUUGAACUUGAACACAGCACUGUUCUCCUCGGCUUCAUCCAUCGUUCCAUGCCUCUUCUCACCCACUCAGAGCUUCAGCUUCUUGACUAGCAGACAAACCUCAGGUCUUCUGCGUUCCUCUGUUAAUUCUCCCUCUAACUGCUGCUUCUCUGUUUCUGCUCAUCGCACCGUCCCAAUGGAGCUAAAGGAGGUUCUGCAGGUGCUGGAGCAGCUUGCUCCUCUGUCCCUGGCUGAAUCGUGGGAUAACGUCGGCUUGCUGGUGGAGCCGAGCAAAUCUCGGCCAAUCAAAACCAUCAUGCUCACCAAUGACCUCACUGACGCCGUCAUGGAGGAGGCAGAAGCCCUGAGCUGUGACCUCAUUAUUUCAUAUCACCCACCGUUGUUUCGUCCAAUCAAGCGGCUGGUUCAGAAAGACUGGAAGCAGCGAUUGGCCAUCCGCGCCGUUGAGGCUGGGGUAGCGGUCUUCUCCCCACAUACUUCAUGGGACAGCAUGAAAGGAGGGGUCAACGACUGGCUAGUUGGGGGUCUUGGCAGUGGUCAGGUGUCUGUGCUCAGCCAGGCCCUCAGCAGCGCCUCCCACAGUCACAAACUGGAAUUCAUGGUCAGGAGUGCAGAGGAGCUCCACACUGUUGUGGAAGAGCUGAAGGCUUGUGAUGAUGGAGCAACUCUGCAAUGUUCAGGCAGCAGACCAGACAGUAGCGGCAUCCAUGUCAGCAUAACCUGCAGUGACUCAGCGCUGCCCUCUAGUGUCCAAAUACUGUUGAGACACAGUGCUCCCAGUCAGUCCCUCAGCAUCCUGAGGUUGGAGAAGCCACCUCUCCCAGGUCACGGUCAAGGACGACUCUGUGUUUUGGAACAUCCAGUCACCGUGGCAACAGCUGUCCAGAAGAUGAAAUCCCAUUUAGGUUUAGUUAAUCUCCGUUUGGCUCUGGGAGCAGGGAGGACACUAGAGUCGUCUGUGUGCACUGCUGCUGUCUGUGCCGGCUCUGGGGCCUCGGUGCUGAACGGCGUCAAGGCCGACCUCUUCAUCACAGGUGAGAUGUCCCACCAUGAGGUGUUGGAUGCGGUGGCGAAGGGAACCAGCGUCAUCCUGAGCGACCACAGCAACAGCGAGCGGGGUUUCCUGGCUGUGUUCAGGGAGCGGCUCACCGUGCGCCUUCCUGACGCCGUAACGGUGGCGCUGUCCAAGGCAGACAGAGACCCGCUAGAGGUCGUCUGACGAACGCUAUACAGCUAAUCCACCCUGAUGCUUGCAGAAAACCAGCGUAUAACACAUGGGAAGUCACCUACUGAUUUUUAAAUGGCUGCACAGUUAUUACAGUAAAAACAGGCUGUGAUAAGAA